CUUUGAGGUGUCUUAACCAAUCGGAGUAACGUACGAAAUUUACGCACAGGAAUAUACUGACGUGUCCCCAAAAGCCCACCACUCUCGCGAUUCAUGAUCAUUCUCGAAACAGAAGUAAAUUAAACGCACGACGUGACGAGCUACCAAUUUGUUAUCGGUUAUUGUGUGUUGACUAAAUUGUUUGUUAUAUCAUCAGCAUCAGUGGACUCAUUGUGGCUAAACUAUGGCUGUAGGAAUCACUAAUUUCGUCAAUUCCUUCACCAACAGACUGGAGGCACCGCUACGGCAACACCUCAAGAAUGUCUACGGGUGUUUGGCAAUGUCAACAUUGGCAGCAGGGACUGGUGCCUGUGUGCACCUGUUCACGGAUCUCCUCGAGGCGAGUCUCUUGAGUUCUCUGGGCGCCCUGGGGCUGUUGAUCGCCCUGGCGGUGACGCCCGACAAUGGGAAAAAUCAGAAGCUUCGGCUCGGGUAUCUCCUGGGAUUCGCAUUCCUCUCGGGUCUCGGAUUGGGUCCUCUUCUGGAGAUUGUCAUCAGCGUUGACCCGAGCAUCAUUGUCACUGCACUCGUUGGAUCGACCGUUGUUUUCGUCUCGUUCAGCAUUUCCGCGCUGUACGCCCCUCGGGGCCAGUGGCUGUACCUAGGAGGCACUCUCAUCGGCUUGUCCAACAUCGCCAUUCUCCUGCUGCUCUCCAACAUCUUCUUGCGCUCAUUCUUCGUCUACCAAGCUCAACUGUAUCUGGGUCUCGCCCUCAUGUGUCUCUUCAUCAUCUUCGAUACUCAGCUGAUCGUCGAGAAGUUCCACAUGGGCAGCAAGGACUUCAUUGGUCACUCACUCGAGCUGUUCAUUGACCUCUUCAGGGUAUUCCGUUACUUGCUCGAAAUUCUGGAAAUCAAGGAGCAGUCGAAGCGCAAACGCAAGCAAUAAUAAAAGCGUGAUAAAAUCGAGAGGUGUCACCGACAUUCGAGUAAAUCCAUUAUAGAGGUCUUCAUCCUUUCUAUUAUACAUAUAUCUACUUUAAUUCAUAUUUAAAAUAAUAAACCGCGAAAAAUUAAGAGGAUACUAGAUUUACUACGAUAAACAAACUUGUUUAUACUUGGUUAACGAGUGACUAAUGAAUAUGUUUUCGAUGAAUAUUCGCGAGCCAGUGAGAUUGCCGAGCAUUACUCUUCUCUUUAUUUUGUAAAGAUAAAAAUUCCGUAAAUUAUCCCGUGUCAAUUGUUCCGUUUCUUCUCUUUGAAUUUACACGUACUGUAAUUAUUAAAUUAUGAGGUUUAUUAUAAUACAAUAUUUUUCAACUUAUCAAUCAAUCUAAUAAAUUUAUCAUAAA